AUGGCCUCCAGACUCACACCUCUUCUCUUCAGGUCAGCCCUCCGCUCGACGUGUCGAGCGGCGCGGCCCCAGAUUCGCGCCCUUUCUGUCACAGCUGUUCGCCCCAGCGACACACUCCAAGUGCACCGCGACUCCCCCGAGAACAACACCAACAUCCCCUUCAAGUUCAACAAGGAGAAUGAGGCCGUCAUCGCCGAGAUCCUUAAGCGCUACCCGCCUCAGUACAAGAAGGCUGCUGUCAUGCCCAUUCUUGAUCUCGGCCAACGCCAGCACGGCUUUACCAGCAUUAGCGUCAUGAACGAGGUCGCCCGUCUCCUCGAGAUGCCUCCUUCCCGUGUCUACGAGGUCGCCUCUUUCUACACCAUGUACAACCGCACGCCUGUUGGCAAGUACUUCAUUCAGGCCUGCACAACUACCCCCUGCCAGCUCGGCGGUGUUGGCUCCGACGUCAUCGUUAAGGCCAUCAUCGACCACUUGGGCAUUAAGCAAGGCGAGACGACCAAGGACGGCCUUUUCACCCUUCUCGAGGUUGAGUGCCUUGGCGCCUGUGUGAACGCACCCAUGAUCCAGAUCAACGACGAUUACUACGAGGACCUUACUCCCGAGACCACCGUCCAGCUCCUCGAUGCCCUCAAGGCUACCGCCAGCGCCACUGGCGGCGUCUCUGCCGCCAAGGUCCCCAAGCCCGGCCCGCUUAGCGGCCGUGAUACCUGCGAGAACAGCAAGGGCCUGACGAACCUCACUGCUGAGCCGUGGGGCCCCGAGACGACGCGGAGCGAUUUGUAA